AGAGACCGAUCUGAGCCUCGGAGGGCUCAGACAUCAGGACAUCAGCAUCCCAAGUGGCUUCGUUCCUUUGAAAAAAUUGCUGUAGCACUUAGCAGUCUGCUUAAAGGAGGGAGAGAAUCACACUUUGAUCUCUGAUAAGCGCAAAUUCAAGUCCUUGAGCUCAGCCUUUCAACAUCACUGGCGGUUGGCGUGGUCUCCAUCACAGUGGCGGCCAUUCCGAACUGUUGUCGCUGCAGCUCUCUCCCUUUGAUCCCAUCCUGCCAGGUCUCGGAGUUCGCCUGCCAUGGCUCUACUUACUGCGGCAGCCUGGUUCUUGGGAACCAAAAACCCACCCUGCCUUGUCCUUGCCGCCCGGCAUGCCAGUGCUUCUUCCACGAACUUGAAAGACGUGCUGAGGAAUCUGAUACCCAAGGAGCAAGCCAGAAUUAAGACCUUCAGAAAGAAACACGGGAAGACAGUUGUGGGCCAGAUCACUGUGGACAUGAUGUACGGUGGCAUGAGAGGCAUGAAGGGACUUGUGUAUGAGACAUCGGUUCUUGAUCCUGAUGAGGGCAUCCGUUUCCGAGGCUACAGUAUCCCUGAGUGCCAGAAACUGCUGCCUAAGGCUAAGGGUGGGAAAGAACCCCUGCCUGAGGGCUUAUUUUGGCUGCUGGUAACUGGACAGAUGCCCACAGAGGAACAGGUAUCUUGGCUCUCACAAGAAUGGGUAAAAAGGGCAGCUCUACCUUCUCAUGUCGUCACCAUGCUGGACAAUUUUCCGACCAAAUUGCACCCCAUGUCUCAGCUCAGUGCAGCCAUCACAGUCCUCAACAAUGAAAGCAACUUUGCCCGGGCAUAUGCGCAGGGAAUGAACCGAACUAAGUACUGGGAGCUCACCUAUGAAGACUGUAUGGACCUGCUUGCCAAGCUUCCGUGUGUUGCAGCAAAGAUCUACCGGAAUCUGUACCGGGAAGAUAGGAAUAUUGAGGCCAUUGACUCUAAGCUGGACUGGUCCCACAAUUUUACCAACAUGUUAGGCUACACGGACCCUCAGUUCACCGAGCUCAUGCGUUUGUACCUCACCAUCCACAGUGACCAUGAGGGUGGUAAUGUAAGUGCCCACACCAGCCAUUUGGUGGGCAGUGCCCUUUCUGAUCCUUACCUGUCCUUUGCAGCAGCCUUGAAUGGGCUGGCGGGGCCUCUCCAUGGGCUAGCAAAUCAGGAGGUGCUUGUCUGGCUGACACAGCUACAGAAGGAAGUUGGCGAAGAUGCAUCAGAUGAGAAGUUAAAAAACUACAUCUGGAACACACUCAACUCAGGACGGGUUGUCCCAGGCUAUGGCCAUGCAGUACUGAGGAAGACUGACCCUCGCUAUUCCUGUCAGCGAGAGUUUGCUCUGAAACAUCUGCCUAAGGAUCCCAUGUUCAAGCUGGUUGGUCAGCUGUACAAGAUUGUACCCGAUAUCCUCUUAGAGCAAGGGAAGGCUAAGAACCCUUGGCCCAACGUAGACGCUCACAGUGGGGUGCUGCUCCAGUACUACGGCAUGAGGGAGAUGAAUUACUACACAGUCCUGUUCGGAGUGUCGCGGGCACUGGGCGUUCUGUCCCAGCUCAUCUGGAGCAGAGCCCUAGGCUUCCCUCUGGAAAGGCCCAAGUCCAUGAGCACGGAUGCUCUGAUGAAGUUUGUGAACUCUGAGUCAGGAUAAAAUGGGAGACGGGGGGAGGGGGGGGACGACUGCCCAUAAGAAAACGAGGAUAAAAAUUUAUUAAAAAUAAAUUCUAAUUUUUGUUUUGUUCCAGGG